GCAGAUCUAUCACGUGGGGAACAACCUCAAAUUUUGAAUUUCCUGUUACUGGCACUGACUGCGUAUGUUGAGCUUUCAAAAACAUUUUACACUAGCAAGUGCGCUUUAACUUUAACAUAAGGAUAUUACUUGUCGAGACGGAGAGAUCCAGACUGCCAAAGAUGCACCGGAGCGCUCUUUUAAGGUGUCUGCUCACAAUAUCACUGAUGAAUCAAGUGAGUGGUUUGGAAACUCUCACCUGCAAGUAUGGAGACACCAUUGAAAUCCCAUGCAACAAAGGGCAGCUCGAUGAAACAGAUGUCAAAUUUGUUAAAUGGAAAUAUGACAAAGAUGGCAACAUACUGGUGAAACAAAUGAAUCAGAAUGCCACUAUUUCAGCUGAUGUCAAUUACAAGAACAGAGUCAGCAUUAAAAAAGAUUUCAGCCUUGUCAUCACACAAGUGACCAUGGCCGACCAGAGAACCUUCACCUGCAUGGCUGUGGGGAAAGAAGACCUUUUAGAGUACUCUAUUCAACUGACCAUUUACAAGGCUCCAUCGCAACCCAAGAUUACAAACCUAACGACUGCAAUGGUAGUUGGCAAACCGACUAUGUUAGCACAGUGUCGUACUGAAGGUGCCAGUCCAGCUGCCAACAUCACAUGGUUCAAGAAUAAAACUCCUCUUAUGACUGAUGGAGCAGCCAUUAAAAUCAAUACAAAUUUGGAUGUUGAUAAAGAGACGAGACUGUCCACGACAACUUCAACCCUUGAGUAUACAGCAGUGAAGGGAGACAUCGAUGCCAAGUUCACCUGUCAGGUUCAACACAUCUGGUCUGCAAACAUGGAUUCCUCACCUCUUGUCUUCUCUGUGAACUACCCUACUGAGAAGGUCACUCUCCAAGUUGUGUCCCAGGGUCCUUUUAAGGAAGGGGACAAUGUGAUCCUCAAAUGCACAGCAGACGGAAACCCUCCACCUUCUAGCUUCAACUUCUACAUCGACGGAGAGGAAAAUACUGUGGACUCCAACACGUACACCUUGACCAAUGUCACCAGAGAGGACACUGGAGAUUACAAAUGUUCACUAGUGGACAAUGAGGAUAUUGCGGCUUCUGUACCCAUCACAGUUGAAUAUCUUGAUGUGGUCCUUGGCACCACUAGUAAAAUUGUUAAGAAACUUGGUGAGAGCUUGGAGGUGACUGUAGAUGUUAAAGCUUCAGGAGCGGCACAAACAUCUUGGAAGAAGGACAAUGUCAAGCUGAAUAGCCUUCCCAAGUUUGACAAGUUGACAUACUCAGACUCUGGUAUGUAUGAGUGUGUUGUUUCCAUGGCUGGCCUCAAGGAAACACGGACAUUUGAAUUAGUAGUUGAAGGUCCUCCAGCCAUUACGAACCUGAUCAAGGAGCAUGGUGACAGCAUGGCCAAGGUCCUGAAAUGUGUGGCUGAAGGCUCUCCAAAACCCACAGUACAGUGGAGUGUCAAUGGCACAAGUGAUGAAAGUGCUUAUGAGCAUGGCAAAGUCACAUACAGCAUCACUAUCAUUCCAAAGGACAAUCUCAACGUGUCCUGCACAGCCUCCAAUUUCUUGGGCUUUGACAUUAAGAGCAUUAAUGUGUCUGCACUUGAUGAGGACGUUACAAUGGACAAACAAGCAGAUCAGAAAGAUGAGUACAGUGACCAGACGGCUCUGGCUGUUGGCAUAGUUGUUGGUCUGACGCUGGCAGUUCUCGCGAUAGGACUGGCCUACUGGCUGUAUAUGAAGAAGUUCAGGCAAGGAUCCUGGAAAAUUGGAGAGAAGGAAGAUGGUUCAGCGGAAGAGAGCAAAAAACUAGAGGAGAAUCAAAGCCAAAAAGCUGACGUGUAAUGUCAAAGGAGCCAUUCAGGGAUUCAUUUGAAUGUAAUCCCUUUUUCCACUAGAAGGAGUGAAAAAUUGGUGAAAUCUGUGAAAAAUAAUCAGAAGAUGUAAUGGAGGACCAGAGUAGCUGUGUCAGUUACAUAUCCACCAUCGCUUUUUAAUAUGUCUGUGCCUCCCCUAUGGUAGGGAUUUAAUUAAUACUGUAUGUUGUAAAGUAUGUGAAUCUUAUGCAUUCUGAACAAGCCUGUUCAGAAACCUGUGUCUGUAAAGUGUUCAUUCAUAUUGCUGGGUUUCAUAUUUGAACCAUCUGGAAAAAGCCCUAAUAACACACAGUACAUAAUCUGUGGCAUGAUGUGGAGCAUGAUAUUCACGUUUAUACGGAGCACUUUAAGUCAGUCAGUGAGAAAAAUUAUAUGCCAAUAUUGUACUUAUUUGGAUUUAGAAGACCAUUAUUUACUAUAAUUUAGACUUUAUAUGCAUUUUAAUAAAUAAUGUGACCUACAAUUUGAAGUUAAAAUGUCUAAAUAGGACAUUACAUAAUUAGUAAUUUCAGAAGUAAGAGAAUAUUGCAGAAACCAAUGCUUGUUUAAUGAAAACUAUGCCCUUUGCUUGGAUUACCAUACAGAUUUCAAAGACUUAAAACCAUGUUAAAUUAGUUUCUUACUGUCACACUUGUGUACCUAUGUUGCCUUUUUUCAGCUCUCAGUAAUGUAUAUAUUGACACUCACUCUUUUCUCAGAUUAUCACCCGUUUCCGUGUGUUCUUUGAUAUUUCAUUGUUUCACCGCAAAAUUGUAUGUGAUCUGGUUCAUGCAUUACUUGUAAAUAUGGUUAACUUCUUUUUGUUUUUGCUUUAUUUAUAUUGUUGAGGUUUAGCUAAAUGCCAGUUUUCUGACAUUAAAUCAGCUAGUUUUAGUCAGUUUUUCUGAAUAUAUAUAUAUAUAUAUAUAUAUAUAUAUACCUCUGUUGCUGUUGAAUGUUACAGUACAAUUAAUGGUAUUUACUUGCAGAUUUUAAAUUCAAUCUUUCAGUUUGCAUAGUGGUUGCUGCAUUUCCACACUUCAGUGUAUUGUACCUGCAUUUAAUCCACUGUCAAAGCCAAAGAGGUUGAAUGUGGCCAUGCAAGUAUUGUACAUACUGACCAUUGUUUUGU